UAUUCAGACUGAAAGAAUUUAGAUCGUAAGAGAAUUUAUCUCGAUCGCGCGUGAAGUCAUUCAACCAUAUUCGCCGGUGCGGACAGGAACAAGUUUCGAUUUUCAAAUACCACGUAAUUCGGCAUUUCUCUAGAUAUAAACUAUGGCUGAAGGCUCAGGAGAUGAUUUGGCCACAGCCAUUCUCAGACGUAAAGAAAGGCCCAAUAGGUUGCUUGUUGAGGAGGCCAUCAAUGAAGACAAUUCAGUUGUAUCACUAUCACAGAAAAAAAUGGACGAGCUCCAGUUAUUCCGCGGAGACACAGUAUUGUUAAAGGGGAAGAGGCGUAAGGAGACAGUGUGUAUUGUAUUGUCAGAUGACACAGUCACAGAUGAUAAAAUUAGAAUAAACAGAUGUGUCAGAAAUAAUUUACGUGUCCGUCUUGGAGAUAUUGUCAGCAUUCAGGCUUGUCCAGAUGUAAAAUAUGGCAAAAGAAUACAUGUACUUCCCAUAGAUGACACUGUAGAAGGACUCACAGGUAAUCUGUUUGAAGUAUUCCUGAAACCAUAUUUCCUUGAGGCAUACAGACCUAUUAAGAAGGGUGAUAUUUUCCUUGUACGAGGUGGUAUGAGAGCUGUAGAAUUUAAAGUCGUAGAAACAGACCCGUCUCCAUAUUGUAUAGUAGCCCCAGAUACAGUAAUACAUUGUGAGGGAGAACCAGUCAAACGAGAGGAGGAAGAAGAACAACUAAAUGAGGUAGGGUAUGAUGAUAUUGGAGGAUGUAGGAAACAGCUCGCUCAAAUCAAAGAAAUGGUAGAACUUCCUCUCAGACAUCCACAACUUUUCAAAGCUAUUGGUGUUAAGCCACCUAGAGGUAUUUUAUUGUAUGGGCCCCCUGGUACAGGUAAAACACUGAUUGCCAGAGCUGUGGCCAAUGAGACAGGCGCAUUCUUCUUUCUCAUCAAUGGUCCAGAGAUAAUGAGCAAGUUAGCUGGAGAAUCUGAGAGCAACUUGAGAAAAGCUUUUGAAGAAGCAGAAAAGAACUCCCCGGCAAUUAUUUUCAUUGAUGAAUUGGAUGCUAUUGCACCAAAGAGAGAAAAGACACAUGGAGAGGUGGAACGUAGAAUUGUAUCACAGUUGCUGACUUUGAUGGACGGUCUUAAACAGCGUGCACAUGUUAUUGUAAUGGCGGCAACAAAUAGGCCCAACAGUAUUGAUGCCGCUCUAAGACGAUUUGGUCGUUUUGACAGAGAAGUAGAUAUUGGUAUCCCAGAUGCAACAGGUCGUCUUGAAAUCCUCAGAAUCCACACAAAGAACAUGAAACUGUCUGAUGAUGUAGAUCUUGAACAAGUUGCGUCAGAGACCCACGGUCACGUUGGUGCUGAUCUUGCAGCCCUGUGUUCAGAGGCUGCAUUACAACAGAUCCGAGAGAAGAUGGAUCUGAUAGAUCUCGAGGAUGAGCACAUAGAUGCUGAAGUUUUGGAUUCUUUAGCUGUAAACAUGGAUGAUUUCAGGUGGGCAUUGAGUAAGAGUAACCCAAGUGCUUUAAGAGAAACAGCUGUUGAGGUACCUACAGUUACCUGGGACGAUGUUGGAGGUUUGGAGAAUGUCAAAAGAGAGUUACAGGAACUUGUACAGUACCCAGUUGAGCAUCCAGAAAAGUUCUUGAAGUUUGGUAUGACACCAUCAAAGGGAGUCUUGUUCUACGGUCCACCAGGUUGUGGUAAGACGCUGCUGGCUAAAGCCAUUGCUAACGAGUGCCAGGCAAACUUUAUCUCUGUCAAAGGUCCAGAAAUGUUGACAAUGUGGUUCGGUGAAUCAGAAGCUAAUGUCAGAGAAAUCUUUGAUAAGGCAAGAUCAGCUGCACCUUGUGUUCUCUUCUUUGAUGAGUUGGAUUCUAUCGCCAAAUCUAGAGGUGGUAACGCUGGAGAUGGAGGUGGCGCUGCAGAUCGUGUAAUCAAUCAGCUUUUGACAGAAAUGGACGGUAUGAAUGCCAAGAAAAAUGUUUUCAUCAUUGGUGCAACAAAUAGACCAGACAUUAUAGAUCCAGCUAUUCUUAGACCUGGUCGUCUUGACCAGCUUAUCUAUAUUCCACUACCUGAUGAGAAGUCAAGGAUUCAAAUCUUGAAGGCUAACCUAAAAAAAUCACCAGUUGCUCCAGAUGUAGAUUUAGACUACCUGGCAAAGGUGACCCACGGUUUCUCUGGUGCUGAUUUGACGGAGAUUUGUCAGCGAGCGUGUAAAUUGGCGAUCCGUCAGUCUAUUGAAGCCGAGAUCAGGCAAGAGAGGAUGAGACAAGAUAACCCAGAUGCCGACAUGGAGGUGGAAGAAUACGAUCCAGUUCCAGAAAUUGUUCGCGCUCACUUUGAGGAGGCGAUGAAGUUUGCCCGCAGAUCUGUGUCGGACAAUGACAUCAGAAAGUAUGAAAUGUUUGCACAGACGCUGCAACAGAGUCGAGGCUUCGGAGGAAAUUUCAGAUUCCCAGGAGCUGCCGGGAACCAGGGACCAAGUCAGGGAGGCAACCCAGGGGGACAAUUUGAGGAGGGUGAUGACGAUUUAUACAGCUAAAUACUAGACUGAAAACUUAUCAAUAUUUAUGAUGACUACAAAACAAACGUGAUCUUUAGUAAAUAUUUGAACUAUUUAUAAAUAUAUAUAUAUUGGAGGGAAAACACUAAGUUUUGUUCUGUUGGUGAAUGAUGGCGGAUAUGAUAAUGAAGACAGAGUGACAGUAGAUUUGGUGAAUGGAUUUAUGAACAUUUCUUUAUAUAAUUCUCUCUGUUUUAGGCUCCCCAAAGUGCUAUGUUCAUGCAAUGUUGCUAAAUUUAUCUUUUAUUUUUCUCACAAUUGCAUUUUUUGUUUCAUAUGUGCUCAUAUAAAUUUAAUCAUUAUUCAGGUGACAUACAUGUACACUAUUGGAAUUUCUUUAUACUUUAGUUCUCUGUUUUUCAUUAUGUCUUUAACCUUAUGGUCAUGUUUGUUUAGUUUUUUUCCCCACAAAUAAUUAGAAAUAAUGUUGUUUGCUUACAUUUGAAAUGAAAAUGACUUGCAUAUACAUAAACAUUUAAAUAUGUAAUAAGAAAGAAUGGUAAUAUCAAAAAUACUUUUAGUAUUUUAUUAAAGAAAAAAUUACAUGUACAAUAAUUAUAAUUCAUAUGUUAAAUUCUGGUGUUUAAAAGAUGUAAAAUGUUGAUUUAAUGUUUUACUGUUGAAAACUGAUGGAAAAAAUUCAGAUGCACUUAUAAUUUCCCUAACUCUCAAUCAUUGAAAGUAAAAUGACUUAGAAAUUGGAUAAACCUACAGUUAUACUAUCUUUGUCUCCAUAAAAAGACAAGUGAUAAAAAGGCAAAUACAUUAUUUAUUGAUGUAUUAUUUAAAGUGACACCCUCUGGGUAUUGUUUUCAUGAUUUUGUGUCAAUAAAUUUACUGAAUA